AUGGCAUUUCAACCAGGUAGCAGAGGAGGCCGUGGAGGCUCCAGAGGUGGCAGAGGUGGUGCCCGUGGUGGCAGAGGUGGACCUCGUGGCGGUGGCAGAGGUGGCAUGCGCGGCGGCGGCCGUGGUGGCCCCCGUGGAGGUGGCCGUGGUGGUUCUCGCGGUGGUCCACGCGGCGGUGGCCGUGGUGGUGCCAGAGGCGGCGCUAGAGGCGGUGCCAAGGUCGUUAUCGAGCCUCACAAGCACGCUGGUGUUUUCAUUGCUAGAGGCAAAGAAGAUCUACUGGUGACGAAAAACGUUGCACCCGGUGAGUCCGUUUACGGAGAGAAGAGAGUCUCUAUUGAAGAACCUUCUAAGGAAGAAGGUGUCCCUCCAACAAAGGUCGAAUACCGUGUGUGGAACCCAUUCAGAUCCAAGCUCGCUGCCGGUAUCAUGGGUGGUUUGGACGAAUUGUUCAUUGCUCCAGGCAAGAAAGUGUUGUAUUUGGGUGCUGCUUCCGGCACUUCCGUUUCUCACGUCGCCGACGUGGUUGGACCUGAGGGUCUCGUUUACGCUGUCGAGUUUUCUCACAGACCAGGUAGAGAAUUGAUCUCCAUGGCCAAAAAGAGAUUUAACGUUAUUCCUAUCAUUGAGGACGCCAGACACCCACAGAAGUACAGAAUGCUCAUCGGUAUGGUCGACGCGGUCUUUGCCGAUGUAGCCCAACCAGAUCAAGCACGUAUCAUCGCAUUGAACUCCCACAUGUUCCUGAAGGACCAAGGUGGUGUCGUCAUUUCCAUCAAGGCCAACUGUAUCGACUCCACAGUCGAUGCCGAAACCGUUUUCGCCAGAGAAGUCCAAAAACUUCGCGAGGAACGCAUCAAGCCUCUCGAACAAUUGACUUUGGAACCUUACGAAAGAGACCACUGUAUUGUUAUCGGUAGAUAUAUGAGAAGUGGAUUGUAA